UUUAGGAAUGCACAGUGCUUCUGGACAGUCCUACUAGGUUAGUGUUUUUUACGCGCAUACUCAGGUCGUGUUUGUGUACGCCUGUGUCUUUAAGAUUGAGGCAGUGGAGGACGCAGCGAUUUCCUUGUUCAGUUUUAGUUCAGGAAGAGCACAUCUCGAAAGCAGUAUGCAGUCUGCCAGAGAAACUAAACUCACGGUGCUAGCGGUUCAUUUACUGUACUGUUGUGUGCUUGUCGUUUCAAAAGAGGGUACACCAAAGCCGCCUCACGUGGUUUUCAUCCUGGCAGACGACUACGGGUGGAAUGAUGUGGGUUUUCACGGAUCGCAAAUUAAAACUCCGAAUCUGGACAAACUGUCCGCUCAAGGUGUCCAGUUGGACAACUACUACGUGCAGCCACUGUGUACACCGUCCCGAAGCCAACUCAUGACAGGCAGAUACCAGAUCCACACAGGCAUGCAGCACCAGAUCAUCUGGCCCUGUCAGCCAUACUGUGUUCCCCUGGACGAGAAGAUGCUCCCGGAGCUGCUCAAGGAGGCUGGCUACUCCACACACAUGGUGGGCAAGUGGCACCUGGGCAUGUACAAGAAACACUGCCUUCCCACCCGCAGAGGGUUCGACACCUACUUUGGUUAUCUAACCGGAAGUGAGGAUUACUUCUCUCACCGUCGCUGCGCAUUCAUCGCUCCCCUCAACGUGACCCGCUGUGCUUUAGACCUCAGAGACGGAGAGGAAGUGGCCACGGGAUUUACAGGCAUGUACUCAACACACAUCUUCACUGAGAGAGCCACAGAACUCAUAGCCAAGCACGACCCUCACAAGCCUCUGUUCCUGUACGUGGCAAUGCAGGCUGUCCACGCCCCCCUGCAGGUGCCCGAGCGCUACCUGGAGCCUUACCGCUUCAUCCAGGAUGAGAACAGGAGGCACUACGCUGGCAUGGUGUCUGCGAUGGACCAGGCUGUGGGCAACAUCACUGAGGCUCUGCACACCAGUGGGCUCUGGAACAACACUGUGCUGGUCUUCUCUACAGAUAACGGAGGGCAGACGCUGUCCGGAGGGAAUAACUGGCCGCUGCGGGGCAGGAAGUGGUCCCUGUGGGAAGGAGGAGUGCGAGGGGUAGGCUUUGUCACCAGCCCUUUACUGAAGCAGAGCGGCGUGGUCAGCAGGGAGCUCAUCCACAUCUCGGACUGGCUGCCCACCCUGGUGGGGCUGGCCGGGGGCUCCACCAACGGAACAAAGCCCCUGGACGGGUUCGACGUGUGGAAGAGCAUCAGUGAAGGAAAACAGUCACCGAGAGUGGAGUUGCUGCAUAACAUUGACCCGCUGUACGUCGACAUUGCCCCAUGUCCUGACAGAGCCUAUAACUGGACUUCAGCCUCAACACUUGCUCAAGGUUCUUGGAGUCACUUCACCUUCAACAUUUCUGUGCACGCCGCCAUUCGAUCUGGGGAUUGGAAGCUGCUAACUGGAGACCCAGGUUGUGCCAAGUGGUUUCCUCCUCCAGAGCUGUUCAGCGGUGCAGAGCUGCUGUCGCCUGACUCACCCAAGAAGAGCGUGUGGCUCUUUAAUGUUGUUUCUGAUCCCGAGGAGAGACAUGACCUGUCGCACAAGCAUCCCGGCAUUGUGGAUAAACUGCUCUCCCGACUUCAGAAGUACCAGGAAGGCUCUGUGCCGGUCAUCUAUCCUGACGAGGAUCCGAGGUGUGAUCCCAAAGCCACAGGAGCCUGGGGUCCCUGGGCCUAGAGAACCAUUCUCCACCAAGCAAAAGCACUCUCAUCCUCAGUGGCAUGCUUAUAUUUGCCCACAAUCCUCUAUUUUAACUAAGGUUUUAAAAUCCACUUUAAGGUUUUAAAAUCCACUUUAUCGGCUUCAGUAUCAUUCUCAGUGCCGCGUCCCCGACGCAUGGUUCUAGGCUUUAUUCAUAUUGAAAGUACUCUGUAUGUAAGACGCAAUAGGGCAGCACUCUCCUCCAUGCUGGCCUCCCUGCAUUGGCUCUGUCUGCUCGGUGUAUCCACAGCCUGCACGCUGAUCUUCUCGGACUACGCCUUGAAGGAAUGAAGCACACAGGGGAGCCAAGCACUUUCUGGAGUGGCAUGUUUAUAGCUGGGAGCACAUCUUGCAUAGCUUAUGUGAAAUUGUAGGUUUGAUAUGCUUUAAUGAUUAAAUCAUUAGUUUGGCAUUAUAA